GGAAGGUUUAUAAAGGUCAUCUUCCUGAUGGCACUGUUGUUGCCAUAAAACGUGCACAGGAGGGUUCACCGCAAGGAGAGAGGGAGUUCCUUACAGAAAUAGAAUUGCUAUCAAGGUUACAUCAUCGCAAUCUUGUCUGUGUUUGGAUACCGCGAUGAAGAGGGUGAACAGAUGUUGGUUUAUGAAUAUAUGCCAAAAGGAACACUAAGGGAUCACCUUUCGGCUUAUUCAAAAGAACCUCUUAGUUUUUCCAUGAGGUUGAGGAUUGCUUUAGGAUCAGCCAAAGGUCUUUUAUAUCUACACACAGAAGCUAAUCCUCCAAUAUUCCACCGAUAUGUCAAGGCCAGUAAUAUAUUAUUGGACUCUAGGUACACAGCAAAAGUUGCUGAUUUUGGACUUUCACGGCUUGCCCCAGUUCCUGAUACUGAAGGAAAUGUACCUGGUCAUGUAUCAACAGUGGUAAAGGGGACCCCGGGUUUAUAGUCGCAAUUUGACUGACAAGAGUGAUGUUUAUAGUCUUGGUGUUGUAUUUCUGGAACUUGUGACUGGGAGGCCACCAAUCUUUCAUGGCGAAAAUAUUAUUAGACAUGUAUCGUUUGGUUUCUCUUCUUGACAAUUGUGAUUUGAUCAAGCUGGGGUAACAAUUGUGUUCAGAUCGUUUAUCUUUUCAUUUUCAACGCUGAUAUUGUGUUUAUGAUGAAAUCUUACCCGGGUCGGCGGGUUCUCAUUAGGAAAGUGAGUGCAGUUUUUCAUUUUUCUAUUUCUGACAAAUUUGCAGACUGAGGCUAAGCAUUUAUGGCUUCCUGUCAUUGUACUCAUCCAUAUACUAGUUUGGUUAGAUACAGUGUUUGCAGCUGUAGUGUUCAGACAUUAUCUUAUUAAUCUAAGGUUUUGGUCUAAACAGAAUUUUCCAACAAA